AUGUUUUCCAAUAUCAAUAUUCUAUGGUGUGCAACUGACUGGUGGGCCUCAUUUGGUCAUGACACUCCUGACUUGCAAAAAUUUGCCGUCAAAGUUCUUAGCCUUACUUGUAGUUCCUCGGGAUGUGAGCGUAAUUGGAGUGUCUUUGAGCAUAUUCACACAAAAAAAAGGAAUAGACUAGCUCAAAAGCGUCUCAAUGAUUUGGUAUUUGUUAAGUACAAUAGAGCAUUGAAACGUCGAUACCUCAAACGUGAUCGCAUUGAUCCUAUAUCCUUGAAAGAUAUUGAUGAGAGCAAUGAAUGGUUGGCUCGGAAGAUGGAGGAAGAAGCUGUGUUUGAGGGUGAUGAUUUGAAUUGGAAUGAUGUUGCUUUAGCUUCUAGAGCCGAAGAACCAAGGAAAACAACCAGAGCAUCAAGUUCAAAGUCAACAGACUCAACACCUAUCGCGAAAAUGGCAAAACCAACUCUAAAGGCUAAGGCUUCAAGAGGAAAGACAUCUCUUAUAGAUGAGGUGAUCGAAGAGGGAGAAUAG